UCUUUCAUUCUUCUGCAUUUGGCAUUCAGCGUUGAAGGUCGUAUUUAGACCUUAGAUUUAGUUUAUUGUUACUUUAAGUCUAAAUAUAGUAAUAAUAAUGGCAAAUAACGAUAAUUUUGCACAAGACGUUACUGAAAAUCAAGUGAAUGGAAAUGCGGAAAACGGUGGCGGUGAUGGCCAAGAACAUAACAGUGCAGAUGCUCCAGGACGCGAUGACGACAGGUGUGAGCCUGCGCCGCCGCCGCAGCUGCCGCCGGAGGACGUCAUGAAAGCUUUUUGUGGGAGGCCUGAGCUGGGAAACCACAGAUAAGGAAUUACGUGAUCACUUCAGUGCUUAUGGAGAGAUUGAAAGUAUCAAUGUCAAGACAGACCCAAACACUGGCAGAUCACGAGGCUUCGCUUUUAUCGUAUUCAAGGCUCCAGAUUCUAUUGAUAAAGUGAUGGCUGCCGGGGAUCACACUAUUAACAAUAAGAAAGUAGACCCUAAGAAGGCAAAGGCGAGGCAUGGCAAAAUAUUCGUUGGAGGUCUCAGCAGUGAAAUUUCUGAUGAGGAAAUUAAAAGCUUCUUCAAUAACUUUGGAACAGUUAUAGAUGUGGAGAUGCCUUUUGAUAAAACAAAGAACCAAAGGAAAGGUUUCUGUUUUAUCACAUUUGAGUCUGAGCAGGUGGUCAAUGAACUUCUGAAGACUCCCAAACAAACUAUUGGAGGCAAGGAGGUUGACGUUAAGAGGGCGACACCGAAACCAGACGGACCCGGGGGAAUGGGAGGGCGUGGCGGCCGAGGCGGAAGGGGUGCUCGUGGCGGGCGUGGGGGCCGUGGUGGCUACGGUGGCCAAGGGGCCUGGGGCAACCAGGGCUAUGGCGGCUAUGGCUACGGCCAGGGAGGAUACGGCGGCGGAUACGACGGUUACGGCUAUGGUGGAUACGGCUACGACGGCUACGGGGGCUACGGUGGAUACGAUUACUCCGGAUACCCCAAUUACGACUAUGGCGGGUACGGAGGGUACGAGGGCGGCUACGGCGCGCGCGCGGCUCCACGCGGGAAAGAAACAGAAGGCAGACAAGCGGAGGGCCGAUCUGAUGCAGGCUAUCAAGGCGGCAAGCAGCGCGGGGGCGGCGGCGGUCGCGCCAACCAGAGGCACCAGCCCUACUAAACACAAACCAGUACCUGCCGAUAGUCAUCUCAGUCCAAUAGUAAGAUUAAGUGAUCGGUCGUGCGCGUCCCCCGCGCCGCAGCCGCCGCAGCCGCCGCCGCCGCCGCGCCGGGGACGCGACAUUCCAUUCCACAUAAUUAAUAUUUAAGAAAUCUUUUUAAGAAAAUUUUUAAGGAUAAAAAGUACGUCGUAUGUGACGUGACCGCAUCCGGAGCGGUCGUUGCAUUAAAUUAAUAUAAUAUAGUAUGGAUUAAUAGAUUAACUUGAGUAUUAUUGCUGAUUAGAUUCAAUUUUGACAUUAUAGUAUCGAAAUCUUACCUUUUGAACUGAUUCUUAGAGUAAUAAUUAUACAGAGCUUAAAGUUAGAGUUACGGUCUCCGACGGCGCGCCGGGUCCGUGUGUGCGUGCGUGCGUGCGUGCGUGUGUGUGUGCGUGCGUGCGUGUGAGCAGCCGCCCUCCACUCAGCGAUGAUUGUUCUGGAUCUCAUUGCAGAAAAUGUUGUAGAUUUUUUGUAAUUUUUAAUUUUGGUAAUCGAACAAGAAAAUAGAAUCAUGUAUUUUAUACAAACUAGUUGUUUCUUCCGAUGAAUAGGGAUGAAAUUAGCGUAAGUGAUCGGACAUGAACAAAACUUCUGGAGAUAUACGAGUUGUGUAUGUCUAAAUAAAACAAAUAUGUAAAUAAAAUGUUGACUUUUUUGUCUGUC